AUGGGAUCAGUGAGGAGAGCAGCUAUCAUCGGUCAUACGGACAGCAGAAACCCCGGUAGAAAUCUGGGUAAGAAGAUUGAGCAGGCUUAUCUUGUGGAGUACAUCCAUCGAAUAGAAACUCAUGUUGCAGGAAGAAAAUCAAGAUCUCGUCUGCGCCAAGAGGACACUCCACCCAAGAUUGUAGAGCACCCAUCGGACCUGAUCGUUUCCAAAGGGGAGCCCGCCACGCUCAACUGCAAAGCAGAGGGGCGGCCCACCCCGACAGUGGAGUGGUACAAGGAUGGAGAGCGGGUGGAAACGGACCGGGACAAUCCCCGUUCGCAGCGGAUGCUGCUGCCCAGCGGCUCGCUCUUCUUCCUUCGCAUCGUCCACGGGCGGAGGAGCAAACCGGACGAAGGUUCCUACGUCUGCGUUGCUCGUAACUACCUGGGAGAGGCAGUGAGCCACAACGCCUCGCUGGAAGUAGCCAACGAUGGCUCAGAUAUCAACGGCUCCUCUAGCAAGCCCAGAGGCUGUCACCAACCCGCUCACUGUAAUCUUAUCAAGAUGGGGAAAGAGUGCUACACCUGCGAUCCUCAGCUGCUGUUCCCCUCCAAUCCGGAGCCAUUUUCUGAGGUUCUGUCCCAGAGACCCGUCACCAGCCGCUAUUAUUCUGCAGAUGUAGAUGCUGUUGAAGCAGCCCUCCUGCUGUCAGAGCUUCAGGAGAUUCAGGACCAGAAGAGGAAGAAAGCCGAGGAGAACUGA